UUGCGCAGCAAGUGGUGUUAUCGCUUGCUUCUGUGUAUUCUUAACGUGUAAGUCGCCGCCUACAUUUACAAAGUUAUGCAAUUUUGUAUUCCAUAAGAGGAGGUGAGAUACGAAUCUGGGAUCGACAUCUACCUUGCAUUCUUGACCCUCUUCGUCUGAUAUUGGAUUAGAAGAUUAGCAGUGACAUUAGAAGGUUGACUGCCCUGUAGGGCCCUAAGCCCUGUAUGAACCGAUCAAGCAAUACUAUGCGCAUCGUUUCGCCGAAAAUUUUGUUUGGGUCAUCCACAGCUUAGGUCCACGAUCAUAACUACUGAUCUCAAUACUGUAACCUGAAGUAUGAAAAACAAGCUAGAUACCUUAGAUCAAAUUGCGGGAAGGAAAAUUGGAAAAAAAAUAUUCACACGUGCUUCUUUGACGCAGCAGACAAAAGUUCUUUGACGAGCCACGCCAAUAAACGCGCAUCAUUGCAUGAGCUUUCCUUCCGAAAAUGUGUUAUUGCGAAUAGAUUUUUUUGAAUCAUCAUUUAGGUUUCCGUUCAGCAAAAAAUACUUUGCGUCACCGGAUAGAAUUGUCACUCGCGUGCUUAUUAGUCACCUUGAUUACCGCCAAAUCACAGCAGUCAACCCUGGGCAUCGAGUGCAGAUCCACCGCUGCGUGAUUGAGACACAAACGUUCGGGGCCAUUGUCGGAAAUGAAAGGCAUCCACGUGUUUUCACUUUUAGUUGUGAUGUUGCUCCAUAUUCAAGGAGGCGAGUCUCGUAAAAAAAAAGGAGGUUGGUUCUACACUAAACAGGAGGAUUGUCAAACUGAGCGAUGUGACCCUAAGUACGGGCACUUUAAGGAGAGGGGCACUGAGCACGCUUUACAACGCCUCACUAUCGGGCAUAUUGGCCGUACCGGCAUUUGCAGGUGCAAACUAUCUGAAGACUUUACAAACUUGGUCAAACGUCUUUACAGCAGGCCCGCAUCCUGGUUGAACCGGGCGAUCCAUUUCGCCGGAUUCGGACGGAAAAUUAGGAAACUCUAUAAAAAAAAAAUCGAUUUCAGGGAGCAUGUUAGCGGUGUAUAGAUCGUAUUCGAUACAUCAAACGGGUGAGAUUGUAUCGAUAUCGAUUGGUUAAAAACAUAAACAUAGCCU